UUUAAUCUUCAUUACUUCACUUCAACCACAAACUUCUAUAAACAAAAAUCAUUUUCAAAGUUACAUAAACACAUUCUUUUACAAAAACUACACAUAAAAAUGGCUCAUUGGUCUGCUGAAAAUGCUACUAAAGCUUACCUGAGGACCAUCAAAAUGGGGAAAAGAGGAAAAGAGCCUGAUGUGGCAGAGUUCAUAUCAGCUCUAGCAGGGGGAAACAAUGCAAAGCUCAUGGUGGAGAUAUGUGGGUCGAUUGCAGGCCCAACUACAUUGGGCCUUGUGGCUGCAGCCAAGCAAACUAGCGGGCGGGUGGUAUGCAUUUUACCCGGUCCAAAAGAGCUCCAGGCGUCGAAAUCUCAGUUGUCACGUUAUCUCAACCACGUAGAGUUUGUGAUAGGUGACCCACUCACCUUGUUGACUAACCGGUAUAACAGUGCGGAUUUCGUGACCGUCGAUUGUAACAUCAACGGUCACGAAGCGAUCUUCAAAACCGGUCAAAAGGGAGGGGCACUAGUUGUAGGGUACAACGCCCAACAUCUAGUGCCCUCGUACAAUGAGUUAGGGGGUCACUUCUUACCGAUUGGAGAAGGGUUAUUGGUUAGCAAAGUGCCUAAACAUCAUGAUAUUAGAAAGAAGAGUAAAUGGAUAGUAAAAGUGGACAAAUGCACCGGGGAAGAGCAUGUGUUUAGAAUCACUUGCCCCCAACAAAAAGUAAUUCAAGCUUAGACGUGAUUUAUUAUUACUUCCUCCGUCUCAUUAAGAUUAAUAUUGGAGUAAUUCUAGUGGGACAGAGGAAUCAGAGUAAAGUUUUACUUUAGUAGGAUGUAAAAGGCUAAAAAUAGUAAAUAUUUAGGACAAAUGGUGAUGUGCAUCUAACUUUGUUGUUUUUGAAAAGGUUUAGAUGUUUGCUAAGUUGCUAUUUCGAUGAAUUUGCCAUUUCCUUUUAUAUAUGUAAUGGGGUUCAAUAAAUUAUGUACAUUUUAUACGCCUAAAAUUGAAAAUUAUUAGAGAUUACUGUAAUCUACGUGAUUAUUACAUGUGAAGUUUGGCUGUAAUUGUCCGAUGUA